AUUCGCUAUAUAGCGCAUUCCUUCGCAUCAGCCUUAUGGCCUUCGGCUCUUCCGACUCCUCGCGUUCCCGUGCAUGAUUGCCUUGUGUCUAAUGUGCGUGUGAGACUGGAUGUGUAGCGUCCACGGUAUAAGCCGCUGCAUAUGCAUAUAAGGUAGCCGCUUGGGACGCAUGAGGUCCACGGCCUCACACUCCACAUUCCAGACAGGACUGUGUGUUUCUUCACCUCGCGGUCGUCCGACAACUGGAGUACAUUCCGCCCACAAUGUCGCCUUCGAAUCAAUCCAAGUCGAACAUCUCCAAAGAUGGAGAUGUUCACCAAGUGGUUGGUGACGAGGAGAUGGACAAUGGCCGAAUUUUCGAUGCCCGUGAGGCGAAGAGACAAAUCGGCAUCCCGACUGCCAUCUUUCUGAUUGUGAACCGAAUCAUUGGCACCGGCAUCUUCGCCACUCCCAGUACAAUCCUGGGCCUCUCCGGCAGCGUUGGACUCUCGCUUUUCAUGUGGGUGGCCGGUAUGCUCAUCGCCCUGGCCGGAACUGCCGUGUUCAUGGAAUUCGGCACAGCAAUCCCCAAGAACGGCGGCGAGAAGAACUACUUGGAAUACGUCUGGAGGAAACCCAAGUUUCUGACCACCGGGCUUUACACCGGCUAUGUCAUUCUGCUGGGCUGGGCAAGCGGUAACUCCGUCGUCUUUGGAGAAUACAUUCUGCACGCCGCCAACGUCGAGGUCGACCGAUGGAACCAGCGCGGUAUCGGGCUGGCCUGCAUCACAUUCGCAUUCCUGAUCCACGGACUCGCCCUGAAAUGGGGACUGCGGCUCCAGAAUCUCCUCGGGAGCAUCAAGGUCUUCAUCAUCCUGAUCAUGGUCUUCUCCGGCUGGGCUGCACUAGCCGGCCACGUCAAGCUCGACAAGAAACCUGACAACUUCAGCAAUGCUUUCGAGGGAACGACAGGGAGCGCGUACGGCGUCGUCACGGCCUUGUACAACGUCAUCUGGAGCUACGUCGGCUACAGCAACGCCAACUACGCCCUGAGCGAGACCAAGAACCCCGUCCGGACGCUCAAGAUCGCCGCGCCCCUCGCCGUCGGUGUCAUCGGUGUUCUGUACAUGCUGGUCAAUAUUUCGUACUUUGCCGCCGUGCCCAAGGAGGAGAUGCUAGCUGCCAAGCGACUGGUUGCUGCGUCGCUGUUUCGCAACGUCAUGGGACCAACUGCCGAGCGCGCUCUGUCUGUCUUCGUGGCCUUGUCCGCGCUUGGCAAUGUUCUCAGUGUCAUCUUCUCACAGGGGCGUCUGGUGCAAGAGCUGGGUCGCGAGGGCAUCCUGCCGUUCUCCAAGUUCUGGGCCAGCAACCGGCCCUUGAACGCCCCCUUCCCCGGCCUGAUGUGGCACUGGCUCAUCUGCGCCAUUACUAUCCUGGCACCACCGCCAGGCGAUGCCUACAACUUCAUCUUGAAUCUCAUCUCCUACCCCCUGGCCAUCAUCAACGCCUUCGUUGCGGCCGGCCUGGUCUGGCUGUACAUCAAGCGGGAUGAGUGGAACUGGCACCCUCCUUUCAGCGCGACUCUUCCCGUCGUCAUCUUCUUCAUGCUCAGUAACAUCUACCUCGUCGUCGCGCCCUUCGUGCCGCCUGAGGACGGCCAGAACGUCUACGAGUCCCUGCCCUACUGGAUCCACUGCGUGGUUGGAUUCGGUGUCAUAUUCGCCGGUGGCGUCUACUGGUUCAUCUGGGCGAAGCUGCUGCCCAAGAUCGGAAAGUAUGAGCUGGUGCGGGAGACUGUUGUCGAUGACAUAGAUGGUUGGGACAGGGCGGUAUUUGUUCGGAAGCCGCUUGGGUCUGUGAUACCUGAUGACAACGAUGUGCCUCAUUAUGGUACCACAUAGAGUAGUGCUCAGCCCGGAUGGCAGUACAUCGCAAAACAUAAUUAGAUCUUGCAUAGUUGAAUACAUCGUUUGGGAUAUCA